GGCCUGCCGCCGGGGCCCACGCCCUGGCCCGUGCUGGGCAACUUCGGCUUCGCGCUGCUGCCGCCGCGCCUGCGCCGGGGGAGCUGGCUGCACCGCCGCGCGGCCGGGGCGGACGCCGCCGUGGGCCCGCCGCGCCUGCUGGCCGGCCUGGCCCGCGAGUACGGCAGCGUGUUCAGCUUCUCGCUCGGCCCGCACCUGGUGGUGGUCCUCAACGACUUCCGCAGCGUGCGCCAGGCGCUCGUGCAGCAGGCCGCGGUCUUCAGCGACCGCCCGCGCAUGCCGCUCGUGUCCCUCGUCACCAAGGAGAAGGGGAUUGUAUUCGCACAUUAUGGUCCAGUCUGGAGACAGCAGAGGAAGUUCUCUCAUUCAACUCUUCGUCAUUUUGGCUUGGGAAAGCUUAGCUUGGAGCCCAAGAUUAUUGAGGAGUUCAAAUAUGUGAAAGAGGAAAUGCAGAAGCAUGGAGCAGUCCCCUGCAGCCCUUUCCCCAUCGUCAGCAAGGCCGUCUCUAACAUCAUCUGCUCCUUGUGCUUCGGCCAGCGCUUUGAUUACAACGAUGCGGAGUUUAAGAAAAUGCUGGAUCUUAUGUCACGAGCGUUGGAAAUCUGUUUGAACACCCAGCUCCUCCUGGUCAACAUAUGCUCCUGGCUUUAUUACCUUCCCUUUGGACCAUUUAAGGAAUUAAGACAAAUUGAAAAGGAUAUAACCACUUUCCUGAAAAAAAUCAUCAAAGACCAUCGAGAGUCUCUGGAUGUAGAGAAUCCUCGAGACUUCAUAGACAUGUACCUUCUCCACAUGGAGGAGGAGAGGAAAAGUAACAGCGAUAGUAGUUUUAAUGAAGAUUACUUAUUUUACAUCAUUGGGGAUCUCUUCUUUGCUGGGACUGAUACCACAACUAACUCUCUGCUUUGGUGCCUUCUGUAUAUGUCACUGAACCCCGAGGUGCAAGAAAAGGUUCACGAAGAAAUUGAAAGGGUCGUUGGUCCUGACCGAGCCCCUUCCCUCACGGACAAGGCCCAGAUGCCCUACACAGAAGCCACUAUCAUGGAGGUGCAGAGGCUGACUGUGGUGGUGCCGCUCUCCAUUCCUCAUAUGACCUCGGAGACAACAGUGCUCCAGGGGUACACCAUUCCUAAAGGCACAGUGGUUCUACCCAACCUGUGGUCAGUCCACAGAGACCCAGCCAUUUGGGAGGAACCUGAUGAGUUCCAUCCUAAUCGAUUUCUGGAUGAUCAAGGACAACUUGUUAAAAAAGAAGCCUUUAUUCCUUUUGGGAUAGGGAAGCGGGUGUGUAUGGGAGAGCAACUGGCCAAGAUGGAAUUAUUCCUCAUGUUUGCGAGCCUAAUCCAGAGUUUCAAGUUUGCUUUACCUAAGGAUUCUGAGACGCCCCUCCUGACUGGAAGAUACGGUCUCACUUUAGCCCCACAUCCAUUUAAUGUAAUCAUUUCAAAGAGAUAAAGAAGAUCCGCAAGAAGAGAUGGUUUUGCUUUUUGUAGACAUGGGAUGAAGUGGAGCCUUGUUUAGGAUGCUGAGGAAAGGUUAUUUUCUGAAUUCACAUGUCUACUUCAACUACGUGAACAGUGAGCCUACUGAAGAAGUGGCUUCAGGGCACAAUUCCUUCUGCUGGGUUUACUUGCAAAGAUGUCGCUCUGGCUUUUGACUUGAGCCCUGCACAGUGAACUCGGGAAUUUUGAUCCUGGGAUCUACCAGGAAAGGAUUCCAACCGUACUGAACAUUCCUUUCCUAUUCUCCCUGCUACCGGCCUAAGGUCUGUCAUCCUUGAAUACUCCCAAAGACAAGAAGGCAUUCUUAUGCUUAUGAGGAGAACUGAAUCCUUUCUAAUGAAGAAGGUCCCUCUCAAAGAGCGGUUCUCAAAAAAGGUAAUGACUCCUUUCAGGGGGUGUUUGGAAAUGUGUGGGUGUAUUUUUGGUUAUCACAAUGAUGGCCGUGCUCCUGGCCUUUUGCUGCUGUGAGGCCAGGAUGCUGAAUGACUGACCAGUCCUAUACAAUGAAGAAUUGUCUUGCCCGGUACACCAGUAUUUCCCCCAGAGAGAUCAUGCUCCAAAAAUGACUAGCCCUUCCUUUAUGGUCCCAGGGUGCUCCUUAUGGAGAUGUAAUCAUGACAGUCACAUGAGCAGCUCGACUUUUGAGCCCUUCCUCAUGCUGGCACCAUACUUAGUGCUUUACUUGUAUGAUGACCUAAUUUUUAGAGAAACUCUAUCCAGAGGAUGCUGUAUUGUAGCUGAUGAAGCUGAGGCUUAGAGAAGGGAAGGCACACAGUUGAAAGGUACAUUGUGCAUUCAAACCUACCCACCUUUGCGACUGGAGAGUUCGUUCUGAACCGCUUCUCUGUCCUGCCACCGCUUGAUCCCCGAGGAGUCCACCCUCUGCAUUUUCAGUAUAGAUAAAGGAAAUACAGGCUAAUCUUCAGGUGCUUCGAGGACUUCUGUUAAUUAGGAAAGAAAAAUGAAUAAACUAAAUGCCUAGGAACUGUGAGUGAAUGGAGAGGUUGCUGUCUAGAUUCUAGAUGAGCUGAGCCGUGUGUGGAUCACACCACUCCUUGCACAGGAGAGUUUCUUCCUGAUCUGGAAUUUCAUAUGCUUUUCAAUUGCACUAAUAACUUUGCACUAGCAAGUUUAUUACUCGUUAAUUUGUACGUGUAUUUUCAGCAUUACUACCAAAAAGUUUGUAGCUUACUUGAGAAAAAAACUGUUCUGUGAGAUUAUGUUGAAAUCAGAUGUUAAUUAAACUCUUAAACGUAAUGCCUUAAACUGUAGCACCUUAAAAACAUCUUUAUAUAGUAAAUCACUGAAAAAAAUGCUAAUUCUUUCCUCACACAUGUUGAUAUUUUAUAAUUUUGUAAUCAUGAUUUAUUUGAAAUGUAAAAAUAAUAGCACUUUGUUUAUAAGUCUGCAUAAUACCUAAUUUUGUCUUCCUCAUUAGCAUAGUUUUUGAUGCUUUUAUUAAACUUUUUAUU